AUGAGUGCAAUUUAAGAAGAGGAGUUACUAAGCUAGAGCAGCUAAGACAGAUUAAAUACGCUUGUCAGAGCUGAUAAUAUUCUCUUUCGAUAUCCUGAGAGGGAAUUUACAUAAGAUUUUGAGAAGGGGUUUACUAUCAGGCAUCAUCAGCCAUUAAUUAAAAAUUGCAUUAGUGAUAUUAAAAGUAGAGUUGAAGCUCUCAAUGUUAAGAGUGAUAGAAGAGAGUCCUAAUAAAAUAAAACAUACUAAUCUCAGAGAAGUAUUAUUGUGGUUGAUGAAGAAUUGGAUGAGGCAUUAUAAAAAUUUGAAAGAAGAACAAAUAUAAAGCCAAACUCAAAGGUACUGCAUCUUUAAACUAGUAUUGAUAGCAGGAUUAAAGAAUGCAUCCCAGUUGACGAAAAACUUGCCCCUUUAGAAGAGCGUCUCUAUUAGUAAUCUUCAAAUGUAAUCAAACGAUAAAACGUAGCCAGCAUGAAAGAGUUCUUACUAAACCGCCGAAAAAGAAGACAACAAUCAUUUUAGAACAGAGCUCAGCACUACCAAUCACAGAUAAACAGUUCGUAGAACUAAUCAACAUUAAAUAAUAAAAGCAACAAUAAUAACAAUAAUAGUAGCAGUGUUAUAACAACAAGUAAUUAUAACUCCGUUAUUGAAUUGAAUAUUGGUAGCAACCCUGAUCAAACAGGAUCUAGAUCACCAUUAAGACUCAAAAUUAAUGAAAGCUCUUAGAAUCUGAUCAAAGUUAAAGCUUCAGGGUUAGAUUCCUAAAUCCUGAGAAACGCAAUCGUCAAUAGGGAUUCAUUAAACUAGAGCAAUGAGAUAAAUUCUCAUGCUUUAAGUGGAUCUCAAACUUCAAAUCCUAAUCUACUUAAAAAGAUACUUAACAGAUUACAAGAAGUUCAAUUGUUUAAUGAUUUCAGCAAGUCACCUUCUUAAAGUCCUUAAAAUAGAAAGAAGUCUAUAUUCAACAUGGGAAAUACCUCUGAUGGUACUUUUAUCACAUUUUUGCCAGCUACAAUUCAAAAUCAUAACUCAAUAAACUAAACUACCUCCCCAAAAUCUCAAAUACAUAAAUUUCAGCUUACUUCUUAAAAUGAGAAAUUUGGAAAUUUUAGUGGAGUCUCCAAUAGCUAGGUGCUCAAUAUGAAUCUAUCAAACAAACUUAAGAUAAGUGAAUUCAAUCCUUAUCAAGAUCUUAAAUCUAGCAAGAGCAGUACACCUAGGCAUUAUCUUUUGGAUAAAAUAUCAAAGAACAUCAAGUAAACAGCUAGACUAAGAGAUAACCUGAAUCACAACAUGCAAAAAAUAAAUGAAGACAUCAAUAAGUCCAUUCACCAAAACAGUAACAGUCUAAACUCAAGACAAAUAGGCAAGAAUAAUGAGCUUUUAUAACUUUCUCCAAAGAUUAGAAUAUCUCUAGGCUAGAAACUAAGGUCAAGCAUCAUCAAAGCCAAAUAAGGAGUUAACUUUAACAGCACCGUUAACUAAUUGAAAAACUAGCAAUAUUGA